AUGGCAGAUCAUCAAGAGGCAGACAUCGACUCUAUCGUCGACAGAUUGUUGGAAGUCAGAGGUUCUAGACCAGGAAAACAAGUCACGUUGUUAGAACAUGAAAUCCGUUACUUAUGUACCAAAGCUAGAGAAAUUUUCAUUCAACAACCGAUCUUAUUGGAAUUAGAAGCUCCUAUUAAGAUCUGUGGUGAUAUUCACGGACAGUACUAUGAUUUAUUACGACUCUUCGAAUAUGGGGGGUUCCCACCCGAAGCUAACUAUUUGUUUUUGGGUGAUUAUGUCGAUAGAGGAAAGCAAUCUUUAGAGACCAUUUGCUUGUUAUUGGCCUACAAGAUCAAGUAUCCUGAAAACUUUUUCAUUUUGAGAGGUAACCACGAGUGUGCCUCGAUUAACAGAAUUUAUGGUUUUUACGAUGAGUGUAAAAGAAGAUAUAAUAUUAAGUUGUGGAAAACCUUCACUGAUUGUUUCAACUGCUUACCUAUUGCAGCUAUAAUUGAUGAAAAGAUCUUCACAAUGCAUGGUGGUUUAUCACCAGAUUUGAAUUCUAUGGAACAAAUUAGAAGAGUUAUGAGACCAACCGAUAUCCCAGAUGUAGGGUUAUUAUGUGACUUAUUAUGGUCCGAUCCCGAUAAAGAUAUCACCGGAUGGUCCGAAAAUGACAGAGGUGUAUCGUUCACAUUUGGUCCUGAUGUUGUGUCUAGAUUUUUACAGAAACACGAUAUGGAUUUAAUUUGUAGAGCACAUCAAGUCGUUGAAGAUGGUUAUGAAUUCUUCUCCAAGAGACAAUUGGUUACCUUAUUCUCCGCUCCAAACUACUGUGGUGAAUUCGACAAUGCCGGUGCGAUGAUGAGUGUGGACGAGAGUUUAUUGUGCUCGUUCCAAAUCUUGAAGCCUGCUGACAAGAAGCCAAGAUAUCCUCAAUCAAAUAACAUUUCUAAUAAUAGACCGGUGACACCUCCAAGAAAACCAAGAAGAGGGUCGAAAUAA